GAAUCAUUAGUGUAUUCGCAGAAAUAUAGAUUUGUUUUUUUUUGUGUGCCCCAGUUUUAAGUGCGGCUGUCUUUUUAAUUAGCAACUUUCACUGGCCAAGAACUUUUCUAGCUGCUCCUAAUUGCCACAUCAGUUCCGAGUCGGCCCCAGUUGUCGCUUGGCGUUUGCCGAAAAAAUUUUGAUUUUCAGUUGUUCGAAAGAAGCGUUGGAGCUUGCAGCGCUUUGAGGCAAUCAUCAACAUGAAUGUGGGCCUGCUUGAGAUCCUGCUAACAAUCUGUUUUGGACGUACAGUACAGGCGGCGCUCGUAUGGAACACAGGUGGAACAGUUGGGCUUUUUACAGCUAUUGCCAUACCACUGGAUCUGCCCUCAAGGCAUGUGUUCAUGUCAUACUAUUUUGAGGCCACGUACACGCUGCCCAAAACUUGGCAUGAAGAGCCACCAGUUUUUCGUCGUGGUAAUGAUACGGACACGGAUCCAAGUGGUGAUCCAGUAGCUGAUUUUGGGGACUACUAUGACGACUAUGAGGACCACAAACCUUCAAAGUUGAAGCCGCCCAAGCGUAAACACAAAACCAAGAAAAAAACCAAGCCCACCCCAACGCCAUCAUCUGAUGACUACAAAGAUUUCUUCGAGGGCUAUCCGCGGCAGGAGCGGAAUGAGGCUGUGGCCCGACAUCGCCAGGAGCAUCAGCUGCUCUCACGCACCAAGUUCUAUAAGAUACUUGGAGAGAGAUUUGAAGAACAUGGCCUGGGCAGCGGCGACGGCUGCCUGCUGCGGCUCAUCUGCGAGGCGAACAGUGCACAGCUGGGCGAGCUCAAUGGCGUACUGGGCAGCCUGAUGCAUGUGAUGUUCAGUCCCAGCAGCUCCCAGUACGAGGCGCUGCCCCAGCGCUACUACAACGCGGAGCGCAAUGGACAGCGGGACAAUUGUCAAGGGUAUUCGGCCAAAUGUGGACGCAGCGUGCUGGACUUGAUAGCCCGGCCACUGAUCGACUAUAUAGUAGGCAAUAAAUCCAGCUCGCUAUAG